AUGUCCCACGGUACCGAGAGCAAUAGGACCCGAGAUUCGCUUCCAGAUGAGGUUCAGGAUAAGAGCAGACACACGGGAAAUCAGGUCACUGAGCGACCAAGUCCUUUCGGCAGCACGGCCGAUGAGACCACAAGGCUGAGAGAGAGUAGGUAA